AUGAUCUCGGGUGGUGUAGUAUUAAAUCUCCAAUUCGAUGCUCAAGUGGCGAAUUGCACGGAUGGAAAGAAAGUCGAAAAGGAAGCAAGCGAGAGGGCUUUUGGCCGGAAGAGGAAGGAAGAGACAAAGCAGAGGAAAAGUGCAAAUGGAAAUGUGGGAGAGUGGCCGAAGAGCGAGAGAGAGACGUGCAUUGACGGAGCGCGAGAAGGCGCGAGGGAGCGCCACUUUGCGCGACGCGAGAGGGAGAGAGAAAGAAAGAAAGAAAGCGAGGGGCCGGCGGAGAAAGAGAAAGAGCCCGCGUUUGAAAUGUGCAUCCCGACGCUCCUCCGUGGCUCACGACGUGACGUGGGCGCGGUGGUCGCCUCCACGACCGAGCACUCAUUGGGUGCGACCUGCGUCGCCCGGCGCCCGUCGCGCGCCGGGGCCGGAGAGGCAGGCAGGCAGGCGUUGACAAGUAGCGAGCGGGGCCCGGCGGAAGGAGGAGGAGGAGGUGGGGAAGAAAGUGGCGAUGCGCUGAAGAAGAAGCGGCAGCGGCAGCAGCACAAGGAACGACGAGGACGACGACGAAGAAGGAGAAGGAGGAGGAGGAUCUGCAGCAGCAGACUCUGCGAGGGAGGAGACGAGAGAGAGGAGUGA